GUAUCGCGAGAACAUCGGCGGGAGCGGCGUGAAGGGGGCGUGGCAUUCGUUUCACGCUGCCGCCAAGGAAAGUUCCUUCACGACAGUCGGGUUUGGAGAAGUUACUUUCUGGCUGAAGGAGAGACAGCGUCGCCUGCAGUUCUUUUGUUUCACGUCUCCAUCGCUCAAGACUUGACCAAACAACAAGGUUCCCUCGGUCCAUAGGGAGCUGUAGCUGUAGAAAUUAGUCCUGCCACUUCCAUGGACGAAGACGAAAAAGACACAUUUAAAAUUUUAGUUGCUACCGACAUUCAUCUUGGGUAUUUGGAGAAGGAUGCUGCCCGUGGAAAUGAUACGUUUGUAACUUUUGAUGAAAUCUUGAAACUUGCUGAAGACCAUGAGGUGGACUUUGUUUUGUUAGGAGGAGACCUCUUUCACGAAAACAAACCUUCUCGGAAAACUUUAUACACUUGUUUAGAAUUAAUGAGGAAAUACUGUAUGGGUGAUCGUCCUGUCCAGUUUGAAAUUCUGAGUGACCAAUCAGUCAACUUUGGGUUUAGCAAGUUUCCAUGGGUAAACUACCAAGAUGGAAAUCUCAACAUCUCCACUCCAGUCUUUAGCAUUCACGGAAACCACGAUGAUCCCACAGGGGCAGAUGCUCUUUGUGCUUUGGACAUUUUAAGCUGUGCAGGGCUUCUGAAUCAUUUUGGACGAUCCCCAUCUGUAGAGAAGAUAGAUAUUAGUCCUGUUUUGCUUCAGAAAGGCAAAUCAAAAAUUGCUUUAUAUGGAUUAGGGUCUAUUCCAGAUGAGAGGUUGUACCGAAUGUUUGUGAACAAGCAAGUCACCAUGCUGAGGCCAAAGGAGGAUGGAGAUACUUGGUUCAAUUUAUUUGUACUUCACCAGAACAGGAGUAAGCAUGGUGCUACAAAUUAUAUUCCAGAACAAUUUCUGGAUGAUUUUAUUGACCUUGUGAUCUGGGGCCAUGAGCACGAAUGCAAAAUAUCUCCAACACGAAAUGAACAACAGCUUUUCUAUGUUUCUCAGCCAGGAAGUUCUGUAGUUACAUCACUGUCACCAGGAGAAGCUGCCAAAAAGCAUGUUGGCUUGUUACGCAUUAAAGGCAAAAAAAUGAAUUUGCAGAAGAUCCCUCUACAGACAGUACGACCAUUUUACAUUGAAGAUAUUAUUCUUGCUGACCAUCCAGACAUCUUUAACCCUGACAAUCCUAAAGUAACACAAGCAAUACAAGCUUUCUGCAUGGAGAAGGUUGAAACUAUGCUAGACAAUUCAGAAAGAGAACGUCUUGGAAAUCCACGGCAACCAGAAAAGCCUCUGAUAAGAUUGCGAGUAGAUUACAGCGGAGGCUUUGAACCAUUCAGUGUUGUUCGUUUCAGCCAAAAAUACAUGGAUCGGGUGGCUAAUCCAAAGGACAUCAUACAUUUUUUCAGGCAUCGGGAACAAAAAGAGAAAAAUGAAGAUGAGAUUAAUUUUGGAAAGCUGGUUCACAAGCCUGCAUCAGAGGGAACAACUUUGAGGGUAGAGGAUCUUGUAAAGCAGUAUUUUCAGACGGCUGAGAAGAAAGUGCAGCUGUCACUCCUGACUGAACGAGGAAUGGGGGAAGCAGUACAGGAGUUUGUAGACAAGGAAGAAAAGGAUGCCAUUGAAGAGUUAGUGAAAUUCCAGCUAGAAAAGACACAGAGGUUUCUGAAGGAGCGUCAUAUUGAUGCAGAGGAGGCGAAAAUUGAUGAAGAGGUGCAGCGUUUUAGAGAAUCAAGAAAGCAGAAUGUAGUGGAAGAGGACGAAGAAGUUCGCGAGGCUAUAAACAGGGCAAAAGCCCACAGAUCGCAACGUGAAGAUGAUGCUUCUUUUAUUAGUGAUGAGGACCUGAUGGAGGCUGUCAGCUAUGAAAUGAAAUCAAAUGAAGAUUCAGAUGAUGCUUCUGUGUCUGGACGAGGCAGAGGCCGAGGAAGAAGCCGCGGGAGGGGUGGACGAGGCCAGAACCCCACAGCUCGAGGAGGAGCCCGACGAGGAAGAGGAGGAAAUGCUGGCCAAGCCCAAAUGAACAGCAGUAGAACAAACAAGUCUCUGAGCUCUCCUCUAAAAAAUAUGUCCAUCUUGGAUGCAUUUAAGUCAACAAGACAGCAGCCUUCCCGGAAUAAGCCUUCCAGGAAUUAUUCAGAGGUUAUUGAAGAUGAUGACUCUGAUCUAGAGGAAGUGUCCUUCACUCCAUCUUCCACUGUCAGUCAGAGAUUACCAAGUGCAUCGGUAUCCAGCAAAAGGAGCUCACAGAGUCAGGCAUCAAGAGGAGGAGUAGACUUUGAUUCAGAUGAGGAUGAUUUAUUCAAGAGUGCAACUACCUCAAGAAGAAACCGAUGACAUUUUCAGAAACCACUUAUGCAAAAAUACCACAGGUGAAGAAAAAACUCCUGACUUUUCUGUAAAGUGGUGGUAUGAAGUAUGCAAUCUCUUUCAUCACCAGUUUUCUGUUUGUUAAGCAUUUCCUUGUAAUGUUUUGCUUCCUUGCCAAAGGGAUAAUCUUUGGAUAAGCAAUACCAUAGCAAAGUCUGUGUGUUGGAUUGAGAGUCGUCAUGGCAGAUUCCAAAUACAAAUGACAUGGCAAUUUUCUCCCAAUUAGUCCGUUCCCCAAAUAUUUUUCAGUACCUCAAAAAAUGGUAGGGAGGCUGAGAGAUUGCAACUCUGAGGGGAGUUCAGGAGCAGGAAAUUGGCAAAAACCUCCUCAGCUUUUUCCUGCUGAAAUUUCUGUUACCUUUCAGUCUCUUUGACAAUAGAAAACCAAUUUCAUAUCUAUCCCCAGUAGAAACAGCAAUCUCUACUUAUCCAGCUCCUGCUGUUUCCAUUUUUUAAAUUCAUGCAGAAAAAAUAAAUAGCAAUAAUAAAGUAUUUUCCUUAUCACUGAGAGACAUUUUAAAGGAUUCUUUUCUUCCAUUUUAAAAAAAAUUGUACAGAAAAAUAAAUUAGAAAUGUCUGUUUAGGUGAAUGAUAAUGCUCUCUUUGCUUUCCAGAACUUUUGUCGGAGGGAAUGUAAUACAAUUAAAAACUUUUCCAAAGAUUA